AGCGCCUAGUCACCAUAUAAAAUUAGAUAUGUUACUUGGCUUUUGAGGAAAAUUAUUAUAGGCGUUGCAGUUAGUAUUUGUCUUAUAAGUGAAUGCUACAAAUGAGUCAGUCGGUGUUUCAUUUUAAAAGCGACCAGCGCCAGUCGUAUUACUAAUGAUGAAGGCGAUUGUGGUAACGGUGGUGCUUUGUGCUGCACUGUUUGUGAGACUGUCUACCUCAAGUCAGGAUAAACAGCCUGUAAACGACCCCAUAGUGACAGUCCGUGAGGGGAAACUAAGAGGUUCAGUGCACACUCUGGUGGAUGGUUCAACGUCUUACAGUUUUAAAGGUAUACCUUAUGCAGAACCUCCGAUUGGGAAGCUGAGAUUCAAGGAUCCAUUGCCUCCGAAAUCUUGGAAAGGCAUACGUGAAGCAGUAAAUCAUGGCUCAGUGUGUCCGCAAUUCGAUAUUACCACCGAAGAAUUGAUUGCAGGCGACGAGAAUUGCUUAUUCUUGAACGUUUUUACUAAAUCGUUAACAGCAUCAGCUAAGUUACCAGUAAUGGUAUGCAUUCACGGCGGAGCGUUCACGUCUGGAUCAGGCAAUUCAGAUUUUCUGGGUCCAGAUUAUUUAUUACAACAUAAUGUUAUUCUAGUGACAAUUAAUUAUAGGCUUGAAAUGCUAGGAUUUUUGAGUUUGGACAUACCUGAGGUGCCUGGAAAUGCGGGUAUGAAAGAUCAAGUAGCUGCAUUAAAAUGGGUAAAAAAUAAUAUUGCUCAAUUUGGUGGUGAUCCAAAUAACGUGAGUAUUUUUGGUGAAAGCGCUGGGUCAGCAGCGGUUUCUCAUCACUUACUGUCACCGAUGUCUAAAGGGUUAUUUAAUAGAGCAAUUGAACAGAGUGGAACGUCUAUAGAUGAUUGGGGUGUUGGCAGAGAUCCAGUUGCAAGGGCUUUCAGAGCAGCUAAAGUGCUAGGAAAAGACACAAAAGAUGUGCAUGAACUAUUAGAUUUCCUUCAAAGUGUACCAGCUUUGGAUCUUGCUGGAUUAACAUUUAAGACUGAUACUGAAGAUGAGAAAAAUAGAGGCUUACCUAUACAUUUUGCACCUGUUAUAGAAAAGAAAUUCAACAAUAUAGAACCAUUUUUAUGUGAAGAACCGCUUACCAUCUUGCUCUCAGGUAAAACAAACAGAGUACCAAUAAUGAUUGGUUAUAAUUCGGCUGAAGGUCUUCUUAUGUUAUCUGACCAUUUAUCAAAAGCUGAUUUUAGAAAUAAGAAUCCUAAGUAUUUAGUUCCAAGAGAAAUUGCACAAAAAAUAUCUGAGGACAAAACAAAAGUAUUUGGAGAGCGUAUUAAGAAGUUCUAUGUUGGGAACAAAGAAUUUUCGAACAGCACAGCAGAGGAAAUAGUUAAUUUGCAGACUGAUAUAAAUUUCGCUUACAACACAAACAGAUUUGUGCAUUUGUACAGUGCUGCAAAUCAGCCCAUUUACAAGUAUAGGUUCAAUUACGUUACUGAUAUGAACUUUAUAAAAAUAUCGCUUGGAUUGGCCCAUUUAAAAGGAGUGGCUCAUGCGGAUGAUUUGUUUUAUUUGUUUAACAAUGCUGAGACCAAAGAUGUUUAUGAAAAACAAGAAAAAGUGAGGCAAAUAGUAUUCAAAGUGACGAAACUGUGGACUGAUUUUGCUAAAACUGGCAAUCCAACACCGGACAACAGUUACGGUGUAAAAUGGGAACCGUACACUCGUACUGGCAAGGAAUAUUUGAAUUUGGAAGAACAUCCCACUGUGGGCCACGCAGCUGACCGGGACAGGACCAAUUUCUGGGACAGCCUGUAUUGCGAAGCGGGAGUGCCUUGUAUAGCAAGAUACAAUUUGUAGAUUUUAUUUGAUAAUAAUAUUAUAUGUAAAUAAUAUAAAUCUGUGCUAUAUUUAAUAAUAAACGUAUCGUAUCAUA